AUGCAGGAAGCGUUUGGUGAUCUGGCUCGAGCUUGCAAUGUUCGAGUGAUCAGCUGGCGGAAGUUUGGCACGAAUCGCGAGUCCCUCGGAGCGGAGGCAAAAAAGACCGAGCCUCUGAUGCGACAGGUGUUUGUCACUGCGGGAUAUGUAGCUGAGGAUCCGGAACGGUUCGAUCGUAACGUUUACUUGCUACGAAAACUAACUGUUAACAAUAUGGCCAAACAAAUGCUCGAUUGUUAUAUAUGUUCACUCAGUACUACUACUAUUGUUUACAAGGGUCAGUUCAAUACUCAUCAACUAUAUAGAUACUAUGAUGAUUUGAGAGAUCCGGAUUUUAUCACUCAUAUUGCUGUUGUUCAUUCACGUUUCUCGACAAAUACGUUCCCCAGUUGGCAGCGAGCGCAACCUAAUAGUCGCCUGCAGUGA